UCAUAUAAGUGACAAGUAAAUCAAAACAAAGCAGUGCGUUUCGAUAUUUUUUGUUGUAAACAAUAGUUUCUUAAGUUAAAUACAAUUUGUUUCUGGAAAUAAUUGAAUCAUGAUCAACACUACUGAAGCCGGUGAUAGCAAUGUAACAGAAGAGCAGGCCGCUGCAGCCACACUUCGGGAAUUAUUUCUGAAAGCAUUCGGGGAACUUAAUGGCAAACCCUGCAGUAUACUGACAUAUGAAAAGACAACACUGAAUGCUGUAUUUGCUGCAUGGCAUCCAGAUGGCUCAGAGAUCAUUGUCCGUAACCUUCAAACUCCUGCCUGCUUCACAAUGUCUACAGCCCUACUCCGAACUCCAGAUGUAUUAGCUAUUAAAUUUGAUCAACCUGUUCAACUACCAUAAUGUAUAUAGUUAUGUAUUAGAACUACAUAGCUGUAUAUGUUUAACAUUAUCUUGUAAUGUUAAGUUGCAUCUAAGACUUCCAUGAAGAUGUACGAAGGAACCAAUCAAAUUGAUUGGUUGCUUUAAUUAUUACUUGUUUCUUCUUGUUAAGGUUUUUGUAAUGUAAUAUAAUGAACAGUAAGAAUCAUA